CUGAAACAGACUCAUGCAGUGAAAACAGGAGGGAGGUAACUUUUGGUUUCCCCAAAUACUGCGGAAGAUAUAGUUUAGGCAUCACAUUGCAGCAAGCUGUGUGUUUAGCGGGCUGAGGAAGCAGACUUUAAAAGUUUAAUUUCACUUCCAGGGAGUCUCCUGUCACCACCUCACUCUCUCACGAGCAAACAUACAGCAGCAGACUACAUCAACCCACUCCACCUGGACUCAUCUCCUAACUGAGAGCUUCAUUGCAUCUAUCAGAGGUCUGUUUUUCUGUCAACAAAGUUCCUAUCAGGAUGGCAAGCUCAAAAUCACGAAACAUUGUGAUUGCCUGCCUGGCCUUGUGGUCAAUCAUCUCCCUUAUCAUUAUUGUGGUAUGGACCACCUCGUCCGAUAUGAAAUUAGCCACCGAAUGUCGCACAGAGAUGCGUGCCCUCACGGAGAGUCAUGAAGAGGAAAAGAUCAUGUGGACCAAAGACCGAAAAGCCCUUGAUGAGCUGGUAAGACAGGGAUGGGGGAAUCAGACUUUCCUACAAAAUCAUAUCGACCAGUACAAGGAGCAGUUGCGAUUUCUCAAUAAGUCUCUUGUGUCCAGCCUCCAGGAAAACGCUUUUUUGAAUAGUAACAUCACCUUUCUGGAGAGCAAGAUUGAAGAAUACAGAAUCAUUGAGGGGAACCUCACUGCUGAAGUCAGCCUGCAGAAAGACCAGAUUGAAGCCCUAGAACAUAAUUUGACGCUGAAGGCCCACGAGUUGGUGUCGUGUGAGGCUUUACAAAUUGCUGUCCAACAGCUCCAAACGGUUGCAGAGAAGCAGACACAGGCCUGUGAGACCAGCAAGCAGAAUUUACAGAAACUACUCACAAAUUGCAAAAACUUGGACCAAAAUAAACAUGAGGCCGUUGAAUACCAUCUUAAUCUCAAUGACAACAAUGCAGCCCAAGGAACCACCACAAGGAGUAUUACACUUGUUGCGAUUCUUUGCCUCAGUCUGCUUUUCGUACAAUAGACAGGAAGACUUCAUGAUGGAGUAUUUGGGUACAUGUUUCAAUGUAACAAUGUCGGAGAUCACUACUGAGACAUACUUGUAACCCUGGACUUGAAGCACAUUCUAGUCUACAUUUUGAACAAAGAGCAGUGAUGUAAAAUGUAUUUUCAGUAUCAUUUAUGACAGUCAUUUCACUGCUGUUUUUACUGACGUCUAAACACGAUAUGCUGCCUGAUAGAAAACAUGAAAAAAAAAUGAUUUACCUAAUUCAACAAACAUAUGCUGUACUUCAUUGGUUUUCAUUUUUUUUUUUAUUUGGUUAAAAUAUAAAUAUGCAUAAAAUAUAUGAAUUUUAUUAUCUAGAUGUUUCUAGAUAUAAAAUUAUAUUUAUUUUAUUUUGGUAUUACAAGAAUACUGUGCCAACAAGAUGGUAAGAGCUAUUCAGAAAUUUGAUCGCACUGUUUUACCACUGUCUAUCUAUGAAAAUAAUCAUAAGUACCCUUUGAAAGGUGUUUUUGAAUAAAGUUACAAUGUUGACA